AUGGGUGACUGGAGCUUCCUGGGGAACAUCCUGGAGGAGGUGAACGAGCACUCCACGGUGAUCGGGCGCGUGUGGCUCACGGUGCUGUUCAUCUUCCGCAUCCUCAUCCUGGGCACGGCGGCCGAGUUCGUGUGGGGGGACGAGCAGUCGGACUUCGUGUGCAACACGCAGCAGCCAGGCUGCGAGAACGUGUGCUACGACGAGGCGUUCCCCAUCUCGCACAUCCGCCUGUGGGUGCUGCAGAUCAUCUUCGUGUCCACGCCGUCGCUGGUGUACGUGGGCCACGCGGUGCACCACGUGCGCAUGGAGGAGAAGCGCAAGGAGCGCGAGGAGGAGCCGUGCGCGCGCGCGGGGGCCGCGGGCGGCGCGGGCGCAUGCGCGGGCGGCGGCGGCGCGGGCGGCGCAUGCGCGGGCGCCGGCGCCGAGGCGGAGCAGGCCAGCAUCCGCAAGAGCAGCAGCAGCAGCAAGGGCACCAAGAAGUUCCGGCUGGAGGGCACGCUGCUGCGCACCUAUGUGUGCCACAUCAUCUUCAAGACGCUCUUCGAGGUGGGCUUCAUCGUCGGCCACUACUUCCUCUACGGCUUCCGCAUCCUGCCGCUCUACCGCUGCAGCCGCUGGCCCUGCCCCAACGUGGUGGACUGCUUCGUGUCGCGGCCCACCGAGAAGACCAUCUUCAUCCUCUUCAUGCUCUCCGUCGCCUUCGUCUCCCUCUUCCUCAACAUCAUGGAGAUGAGCCACCUGGGCCUCAAGGGCCUCCGAUCGGCCUUCAAGAGGCCGGCCGAGCAGCCCCUGGGCGACCUGGCCGCCGAGAAGCCGCUGCACUCCAUCGCCGUCUCCUCCAUCCAGAAGGCCAAGGGCUACCAGCUGCUGGAGGAGGAGAAGAUCGUCUCGCACUACUUCCCCCUCACCGAGGUGGGCAUGGUGGAGGCCAGCCCGCUGGCCGCCAAGCCCUUCAGCCAGUUCGAGGAAAAGCUGGGCGCGGGCACCUUGGCCGACGUGCCCCGGGCCUACCCGGAGACGCUGCCUUCCUACGCCCAGGUGGGUGCCCCGGAGACCCCGGCUGACGGGCAACCCGCUGCCACCGAUGGGGCUGAGCCUGAGCCCGAGAAGACCUCCGAUGGGCCCGAACCGCUGGGCGCGCCCGAGGGGGAAAAGGCCGAGCCCCCGGGGGUCGGGAAGGAGGAGCUGCCGGCCGAGAAGAUCUCCAAACCGGGCCUCCCGGCCGAGAAGGCCCCUUCACUCUGUCCCGAGCUGACCACCGACGACAGCAGGCCUCUGAGCAGGCUGAGCAAAGCCAGCAGCCGAGCUAGAUCAGACGAUCUGACCAUCUGA